UGAAUUACCAGGAAUAGAGCACCUUUCUUUUGUUCGUUUCACAAGUCAGAGAAAUAUGCCAAAGCUGGAGACCUUGGAAGCAGAUGGACUCAGGUCAGAGUUAAUGCUUCAGCAGCACCUGAAGGCCCUGAGUGAGGCCCUCAGGCAGCAGCUGCAGGAGAUAGAAACAAGACAGAAAGAGGAGCUUGAGAGGAGGAUUCAUCAGAACUCUCUACUGUCAACAGAGUCCGCUGAUCAAAAUAUACAUCAGGCCAAACCUGUAGGAAUGAGGAGAUCCACCUCCACAUCUGCCCUGACCUCAGACAAAAAGACCUCACAGCGUCCCAGACAGUCAGAGAGCCCCAAAUUAUCUUCAAAGUGGAAGAAUUGUUCGGACAGAGUUCCCGUGCUCACUCCUGCCACGACUCAACAAUGUGAGCGGUUUGCUUUAUCUAAGACAACGCAGAGGAGCAAAGAGGAGGAGGCUGAGGCCGAGUGUCAGAGGAAGUUCUGCGCUCGCCCAGUGCCCCGCCACGUCUUUCAGCCCCGCUAUCAGGAGAUGAUGGAGCUGAGAGAGAAGGAGAGGAACCAGGGGCAUGAGCAGAGGAGGGACUUCUUGCUCUCCAUUCAAACACCUUUCAGUUUCCAGGAGAGAGAAAAGGAGAAAAGGGAGAAGCUGAUAACAAUGUUGAACCAAGUCUCGCACAAAAACAAGGCUGCUACCGUUAGGAAACCUCCUCAAAAAGAUGUGACAGACGCGUCACAUUCUGAGCUAAAAGACCAGGAGCUUUGCAGUCAAGUCCCCACUCAGACAACAGUGCGACAUAUGAAUCCUACUGUGUCUGGCAGCCCGAAACUUCGCGCUGCUGAGCGCACCAGGAAGGAAAAGUUGGGCUUCCUGGAUGAGAAGCCCAGCUUCCAGCCAAAAAUCAUCCAUCAGGUUCCAGAUUUCAGAAGGCUGCACAAAGCCCUGCAGACAGAGGCGCUGAGGAAAUCACAGAGUAAAGAUGGGAUCAAAUGUCAGCCCUUCUCUCUGAGGACAUCAGCUCUGCCUGCCAGGCGAAGUAGGAUGAGCCCUGAAAACACACAGGUUCCAAAAGUAAGUAAUCUCAGCAGAAGCAAGUCACUUGGUGCCUUAACAUCACUGUCUGCAAACACACUCCCCACAUACAUCACAGAUGCUGCGAGGAAGCGCAGCAUGGCCAUCAGAAAGUCAAUGGAGAUGAGGGACAGCAAGAAUCAAGAGAGUGCCGACUGGCUGAGGAAGUACCAGAUGCGAUCCCAGGCCAUGAAGAAGACAGUCUCACUCCAUGCGAGGUUGCUUGACCCACACAGCAGCUUGAAAGCCGCGUAUAAUGACAAACUACAGCAAUAUCGGAAGGCUGACCAACAAAGGACGAGAGAGUACACGAGGGAGUUACGGGAUAUGAAGGCACGAGUUGGCGAACGGCCUUUUUUGUUCGAACAGGUGAAGCAGAAAAAUGCAAAGGCUCAAGCAGAGCAGACAUACAGGGACAAGCUGAAGAAAGCCGGCUUAAAGGAGCUGUUUGUUGAAGAAAAUGGAGAAGCUGUUGAAGGAACAUCGUCAUCAUUCAGCUCUGACGAGGAUACAGACAAGCGCCACAGCACUGAGAAUCCCAUUUGCAGCAGGGAAGAAAAUGUAGACGACGGGGAGAAAAUUGAAGAUGUGGAAGAGAAGAGCGUGAAGUCCAAAGGGGAGGAAAUGCCAUGAUCAAAAAGGUUCCGGCGGUAGAGGGUUUUUUAUGGCCUCUCCACUAGAAAACAACAAGGUCCUCCAAAAUGAUUCAUGUCACGGCUAACUAUUCCCACCGAGCAUUUGAUAGUUUAAGAUGUGCAACUGCAAAUUAUGAAAUGACCAAAAAUCUGGACGUGACAAUCUCUACAAACUAUGUGUGUUUAUAAGUAAUUCAUGUUUUAUGUGAUUUGAAUAUAUAUGUAUAUUUUUGUUUCAUGGCAACACUUUUGCUCGGGAAUAUGAACACUGUAAUUUAGAGGAUGAUGAACACUUGGUUACCAGGAUGAACAGUUCAAAAACAAAAUGAGAACUCCAGCUGAGACCACUGUGUCUGUAAAGUUAAUUUGUGUUUUACGUACUUUAACUCAAGAAUCUUCCUAUAGCCAUAAACAAAUAAAUAGUUACACUUUUACUGUGAGAACUGUAAUCUGCUUUUGCUCUUAGUGGUUUUUUUCUUUGGCUGUUUAAAAGAACACAUAAAUGUAAAUAUUUUCAUGGGUCAGGUCCCGUAAGGACAACGAGCGUCUGACAUGGGCCUUUCUCAGAUGCUUGGGUUAAAGUUCCCAGUUAUUUCUUCAGCCACACAGCCACCUAAAUAAACAGCCCUCACUGUGCAAAUGCAUUCACAGAGACCGGUUCAGUGGUCCGCUCCAAGCCUAUAUAGACCCACAUCAAAUACACUUAAACACUGGCCUGCACUGUAAGCUUGUGCUUAGGCAACUGACUUCCAGGAAUCCUAAAAAAUGAAUGUCUGAAUAUAUAUAUAAUCAUAAUAAAAAUGCAGUCAUGGAGACCAUACAUACCAUAUGGUUACUUUGUUUUAGGCCACUGUGUUAUGCAUUGAAGACAUAGAGGGCAAUGUUUGUAUGACUUCAGAAACACAUCAUAAAAAGUGAAGUGUCUUGUCUGACGGUAACACGAUUGAAGGCGUAGUUUGAAAUAUAGUUUAAAAGAGUCCAAUGUGUUACAUAAAAUUACAAUUUGGUGCUGCCGGACAGAUGUUUGAAAAGAUAAUUGAAGUUGAAACGCCAAAAUGUUGCCAUAUAGUACCUAAAGAUGCAUCAAGAGUCCCUUCCUGAGAUCCCAAACGUCACACGGUGAAGCUUCAAGGGCUCCAUCUUGGCACGUUGUCAUGGGAACAGUUUAUCCCUCAGCUCUCUGCCUUGUCGUCCCUCAGGAGGAUGCUGCGCACCUCUGAUUUCCCCCCGGUGCACGGCUGAAAACCAGGCAA